AUGGUGAGUGUUCCUAAAACCCAGAGAACUUUCUUUAAGAAGUGUGGCAAGCACCAACCCCACAAAGUGACACAAUACAAGAAAAGCAAGGAUUCUCUGUAUGCCCAGGGAAAGUGGUGUUAUGACAGGAAGCGGAGUGGCUGUGUUGUACAGACUAAGCCAAUUUUCUGGGAAAAGGUCAAAACUACAAAGAAGAUUGUGCUGAGGCUUGAGUGUGUUGAACCCAACUGCAGGUCUAAGAGAAUGCUGGUUACUAAGAGAUCCAAGCAUUUUGAACUGAGAGGAGAUAAGAAGGGAAAGGACUAA